AUGAAGGUGUGGGCGAGAGACAUUCCCAAUGAAGGGAUCAUUCGCUACUACAUCGCGGGAAACCUCGAAGGAAUCACAGUAACCAGUCCCAAAUUACUAAGCGAGAUUCUAGUAAGCAAAACCUACAAUUUUGCAAAGCCACUGGUGAUACAGCAAGGAUUGGGUCGGCUGCUCGGCAAUGGCAUCUUGCUUGCUGAAAACGACGAACACAAGGUAGAAGAUGACCGCUUACUGUCUCCGGUUCUAUUUCUAACGCAAGAAUCAUAUGCCAGCCUUUGCAUACCGUCAUAUAAAGAAUCUCUAUCCUGUGUUCUGGUCCAAGAGUAUAGAAAUGGUGAGAUUGAUUCGAAAGGAACUAAAAGGUCGAAAACCUACCGAAGACAUACGAUUGAAGUCAGGAACUGGGCCGGCCGCUCUUCGCUGGACAUCAUCGGCCUGGUGGGAAUAGGCCGGGACUUCGACUCCCUGCGCAAGCCUGAAAACGAUCUUAGUAGAUCGUAUGGAAUGAUCUUCACGGCCCCUGACGUAAUGACCAAGGCCCUUUUUAUGCUUGGAAUGCUCCUUGGAGACACGAAGUGGCUGGCAAAAUUACCCACUAGGCGGAAUAAGACCAUUGAUACAGGUCGCAACAAUAUCCGCAAUGCUGCACGGCAGAUGAUCGAAGAGCGCAAAGCAAAGAUGAAGGAUCCGAAUGGGGAGAUCGGCGUUGACAUUAUUUCGGUUGCAAUGCAGAGCGGCAACUUUGAUAACGAAAACCUCGUCGACCAGCUGAUGACCUUCCUGGGCGCCGGCCAUGAAACUACCGCUGCGGCUCGUCAGUGGGCUAUAUACUCCCUUUGCAAACACCCGGAGGUCCAGACCCGCCUGCGUGAGGAGGUUCGCGCUUAUCUACCACCUAUUAAUGUCGGGAAUCCAGGUACUAUUGACGCUGCUGCGGUCGGUAACCUUCAGUAUCUAAACGUUGUCUGCAACGAGGUUAUUCGCUUCCGUCCGUCGAUACCAAACACCGUCCGGGUCGCUCUCAAAGAUACUACGUUGAUGGGCAAGCCUAUUCCUAAGAACACACAGAUCGUUAUUUCGCCGGAGCUUAUUAACCACAUGCCAGAGUUCUGGGGCCAGAUGCGGGCCAAUUCAACCCAGAUCGAUUCCUGGGCCCUGGAAAGGCUAAAACGGGCGGUGCAACCAGCAACUAUGCUUUCUUAAGCUUCCUCCAUGGUCCACGGAGCUGCAUUGGACAAGGUUUCGCCAAAUCUGAGCUUGCCUGUCUUCUCACUGCAGUAGUGGGUAGCUUUGAGUUUGAAUUGAAAUACCCAAAUGCUAAACUAGAGGUGCGAGAACAAGCAACUAUCUCACCGAAAGACGGCGUCCUGGCCAAAUUCACUCCCUUAGAGGGAUGGUGAUAUGGUGUAUCCGACGGACAGCCCACAGCUUCCUUUGAAUAUGGAGCUUCAUGUCUCCAUGUUUGUUUUCGUAAAUGGAUAAAAUGCAAGCUGUUGUUGAUGUUGAUAUUGAGUUGAUUGAAGUAGAAGGACGCUGCGUUGCUUAGUCAGCUUAUGUGCGACCUUGGCCAAUUUGACAGGGACAAUAAUAGUAACACCCUUAAGAUGCCAUUAGGAUGGGGUAUUUCGGGGUAUCACAGCGCUUAGUAGUGUUAGGGAUGCUCAAAGAAGUGGGCAGGAGAACCCCUGAUGUCCGCCGGGAUUCGAACGGUUGAAAAUAACUAGUUAUCGGGAAACUCCAUUUCUUCUUGGAUGGCAGGCAUGGCGAGUUCGGUAGAAAGUCCCAAGACAAGAGGCCAGGUAGCGCAAGACGCCAUAUAAUGGAGUCUACCAGGGCCAAAGUCGACAGACAGCCCAUGCCUG